AUGUUCCCCCGCCUGUUGGUAACAACCUCCCUUGCCGUCAUGGCGUCGGCGUUUUCGAGCUCAGGAAGAAGUCCUUGGGCCGCAUCGGAAUGGUGCAUUCAAGUGAAUAUUGGACGUGAGGCAGGAACCUGGAUGCCGGAAGAGUGGGCUGCUUCGGGAAGUCGUCUGCCGUUUAAUGUUGAGAUUUCGGUGGAAUCUGGGUACGCCACUCAAAAGGAUCAGGAAUCCGAAUUUAUGGGCAGCAAUGCCUUGCGUCUUUGUGUUGUGGAAGAUCCUACCUACGUAACGUCCCAAGGCAUGCAAUACGUGGAAAUCCCCGACGAAGGCGGCUGGAAGCUUCAGCUGCCAAAGCAAAAAGGAAACGCGGGAACCUUACGCCUGUGGUUGGAUUUUGAACAGUCACCCGAACUGGACGAAGGUCUAGCAGCAGUCCGCAACGAUGUGACCUUGGCCGUAGGACGACUCUAUUUCAUGGCACCGUGCUGGCGAGAGCCAGACCUAGCAAUUGGCUAUCGAAAAAUAAAACCGAUUGAAGCUGCCGCUCAGACGGCCCAGCAACGUUUGGAUUCGCAGCUAUCACAUGAAUCGGGCGAUCGGCGUCUCGAUGGUACAAACCCCAUUGACACAGCUUUGGCGUCAAUCGACAUGGCGGGACUGGUCAAGGAAAGAGACGAUCGGGUUCGAGAUUUGCGCGAGGCAGAGCGUAAGUUACCGCGGAAUCCUCGAGAGCUCCCUGUGGGGUUCUGGCCAGGGACGAUGGAUAAGCUGGCAAUAGCACCAGGGUCGAUUGCGGUCAAACGGAAGAAGAUGUUUGGCGAAGAAUUCCAUAUUGUUGGGAAGUGGACGGCCGUCCCGAUUGCGGACACUGUCGUCGUUGAAUCGGAAGUGUAG